GUUUCGGCAAUGAAAGCAGCUCAAAUAUAUUUGUUGUUACCUGUUGUUUUGUCAGUCAGUGUCCUUGUAAAUGCUUUUUAAUCCGUUCAAAGGGGUGUAUGACGAUUUCAAGAAUCUGUGGCGGAAGAUCUACUCUCCAGGUGAAAGUUGUAAUUCGGCCUGGAUAUCUUUCAAUGCAGAGGGUCUUAAGGCUGACCUGGAAAACAAACUCUUCGGACAGCACAUUGCAUCACCUAUCAUCCUGAGAGCUGUGAAUGGAUUCAUGAGCAAUGACAACCCGAAGAAGCCCUUGGUGCUCUCGCUGCACGGACCGUCCGGCACGGGGAAGAACUUUGUUAGUAAGCUGAUUGCUGAAAACAUUUACAAAGAGGGAAUGGACAGCAGCUUUGUUCAUGUUUUCACCUCUGAAUUUCACUUCCCGCAUUCGACUAAGAUUGAUACCUACAAGUCUCAGUUACAACAGUGGAUCAAAGGAAACGUCACCAACUGUGCACACUCCAUGUUCAUCUUUGAUGAGAUGGACAAGAUGCAUCCUGGCUUGACUGACAGCAUAAAACCGUACCUGGAAUACCACCACAAGCUGGGUGGAGUUUCUUAUCGGAAAGCCAUCUUCAUCUUCCUCAGUAAUGCUGGAGGAAAUAUUAUCACACAGACAGCUUUAAACUUCUGGACUGAGGGACGAGAUCGAGAAGAUAUUGAGCUAAAAGACCUGGAAACAUUGCUCUCUGAAUCCACAUUUAACAACAGCAAAAGUGGCUUUUUUAAGUCAAGCUUGAUUGACAAGAACUUGGUGGACUUCUUCAUACCGUUUCUGCCUCUGGAGUACCGACAUGUCAUCCAGUGUGUCAUGGCCGAGAUGAAAGCCAGAGGGCUUCACCCAGACCAGAAUGUGGCUCACAAGGUGGCCACAGAUAUAGUCUAUUUCCCCAAAUUUGAGAGAGUCUUCUCUCAACAAGGCUGCAAGACUGUAAUCAACAGGUUACACUUACAUAUACACCAACACAUUUAAGUACAAUGGGAAUUCUUUAAACACAGAAAAAACACUCAUCUAAAUGUCGCUUUAAACCUUUAUCUGUGUGGCUCAAAAUAGGUGAACUGCAGAAUAUGAAGAUGAUAGACAACAACUCAAUAAAACAAUAACGUGUAUUUAUUGAGAUAAAAUUUAGCAAAUAAAUAAGAUAGAUACAUUAAUCCACAGUACAGAUAAAGACUUUUAAGACAACACAUUCACCUAAAAGUACUUGUUAUUUGUUUGCCUCCACCAUACUUGUAGUAAUACCUAUCGUUCUUGGUGUGGGCGGCCCUUUACUCUUGUGGACCUAUAAGAGCAAAACAAGAUAAGAUAAUGACUUCAUUGUCAUCCAUUUACCUACAUAUCAAUAUAUAGCGGAGCAGAAUUGUAUUUCCCUGGUAAGUAAAUGUAAAUGUAAAGAAAAAAUAAAGGUAGGAUAAAUUAAUGUAAACACAAGUGAAAUGUUAAGUGAAAAUAGCAAUAAACAACAGUAAAAGCAAUUCCCUGAGCAUGUUUUUUAUGAUAAAAAAAAAAAAAAUUGGUAAAAACAACAACAACCUGGCCAUCAUGAUGGGACUUACCAUAAAACUUCAAAUAAAAGCCUAGUCCCACGUAGUCCCUUUUACUAGUUGGGUGUGGCGACACAAUUUGACAAAUACAGGCCUGUCUCUAUUAGAGGCCAGUUCCCAAUUCAUUUUUAUAGAAGUUUUUUGGGUGUAUGAAACCCAGGUUUUAGCUACCUGCUGUAGUUAACAUUAGUUAGCUGCUUAGAUCGCGUAUACAAUGUGUAUAUAUGUCUGAACUUUUGUCAAUAUGGACAUGCUACUCACAAUGUUAGCUUUUGCUGACACCAUAAGCUC